CUCAAAAAUAUAUACGAAACAAAAACACCAAAAACACACCAGAACUCAAACAGGAACAAGCUUGUGUAAAUAGCGCGGCGCCGCCUAAAUAUGACAUCCAGCAAUGUGUCAUGCUGUCAACUGAGGGAAUUUUGUCUCAAGGCCGCCAGAGAGAUCUCAUCUGAAUGCGCAGGUGGUGAUGUUAGGCCACUCAACGAGGCCGCGGGCUGCGAAAGCCCCCUUGUAGAGCUACUCGGCCGUCAAGCGACCGUCAUUGCAAAGGGUGCUUCAAUCGAUGCUGAGUCCUUCGCGCUUAUCUCAAAGAGGAUUGACGAUCUCAUCUCCAUUUCGUACUCGAAAUUCUAUGCUUACAUUUUCAAGGAUUUGCCUUUUUGUUGGAGGGUAUUGUACACGGAUGCCAGCAUUUUGAAGUUCUGCAUUGUCUUCCUGGCAUCGCCUUUGGCAGGUGGUAAUCAUUCUGCUUCACUGGCUCUCUCGUCCAAGCCCGAUGAUGCCUUGCUGGGGCAACUUGUCCAGCCUCUUGAUCUUGCUAUAAUUCUCGCGGGCGCUGCGGGCAACAAGAGAGGCCGUCGCUGGGUAGAGCAAGCAUUUUGCCUACUUGGAAAGAUUUUCGAUACAUGUCAGUUCGAGUUAGGUUCAGAGACUGUCAUAAAGACCCAAGAUGACUCCCAUCUUCCCAAGCGACUGAAGCUAUCUCCAAGCAACGCUUCCCCCAGUGACUGGGAGACGGUGGCUUCAUUCAAAACAAACGAGCCAUUUACGCCACCAGUCAAGAAUCCGGUGAGGAGGCUUGAGCAACUCUCGCUAGAAUCAUUUCAGUCCUACAUGGACCGGCCUUCCGACUCGGAUCUAGGACCCGAGCCUUUGAUCAUCACCGGUGUCACGGAUGACUGGCCAGCUCGCACGACAAACCCAUGGUGCAAGCCUGCCUACCUGCUAUCACGCACUCUCAACGGCCAACGUCUAGUUCCCGUAGAAACUGGGAGGAGUUACGUUGAUGAGGGCUGGGGUCAGAAGAUAAUUCCAUUUGCCGCAUUCUUGGAGGGCUACAUCGACCGCCCGGCUGUAUCUUCCUCGGCGGAUCAUGGCAGUAGAAACAGCGAAAGAACAGAGGGCGGUGGUACUGCAGGAAGCUUGCAUAAACAGGCGUCCAUAGCCUAUCUAGCCCAGCAUCAGCUGUUCGCCCAACUGCCCAGCUUACGAGACGACAUCCGCAUACCAGACUAUUGCUAUACUGCACCUCCACCCCCGCCGGCCUCGAUGUUUCCCAUGUCGGAACAGCGACCACCCGAGCUCGAGGAUCCCAUCUUGAACGCCUGGUUUGGACCUCCCGGGACGAUCACGCCUCUACACACGGAUCCAUACCACAACAUGCUCUCUCAGGUCGUAGGACGCAAAUACGUUAGGCUCUAUUCUCACCUGCAGACCCCUCGCAUGGCCGCCCGAGGGGUGGAGGAUGGGGUCGAGAUGAGCAACACCAGUCACUUUGACGUUGGGGUGAUGGAGGGCUGGGACGAGGCGAACGGUCAAGACGAGAAGGAGAGCCAGAAAAAUGCUGUUGACUUUGGGAGCAUUCCUUUUCUAGACUGCAUCCUGGAGCCAGGAGAUACCCUUUACAUUCCUGUGGGCUGGUGGCACUACGUUAGAGGCUUGAGCGUCAGCUUCAGUGUCAGUUUUUGGUGGAACUGAUAAAGAAGUCUUUUUGCAUAGGCGCAAAGUUGAGCUGUAGACCGCUGAGGAAGGCAGAAGACAGGAGGGUGUAAGGAGGCAGACUUUUAGGCAGGGAGUGGGUUAAAGACGCAGCUAGAUGCUAUGGUGCUUUAUCAAUUUUUGGUUAUUCUAACACGCGAAUUUAAAAUGUUUCCUGAUGAUAGGAAUUACUGGCGCUUUCCAGAUCUGACCAGACUACAGUAGGGUCUAUUCAGAGAAGAGUGCUAUGUAUUUUUGGUUGAGAGCCAAUAGUAUGUACAAAGAAAUUCAAAAUGGGCCCUGAGUGGAUCCAUGUG